CCCAGUGGCUCCCCGCCAGCCCAUAUUAUGCCCUCCAGCCUGGGAAUGGGAGAGUUGGCACGGUGGGCCUCCUUGCAAGCUUGACCCAAUAAAAGGCGUUUCGCAUUUCUGGAAACCCCAAUCUGCAGUGGGCACAACCUCAAUACUACUAUGGCACAUAACCAGCAAUACCAUGUUCUCAACGAAUUAUUCCUAUGUAUGUGGGAUGAUGAAUACGGAUUACAUUGCAAUGAGCUGGUACAAGGUGGCAAUAUGGCAACCCAUCUCCGAGAAUUUCACGGAAUCAGUGGUCCGGAACACCUCGCCGUCCUUUGCCGUUGGCAGGGUUGUAACGCUUCGAUGAACAAAGGAAGCCUUACACGACAUGUGCAAGGAACGCAUCUUGGGAUCAGGUAUCCUUGCAAUACCUGCGGCCGGGUAUUCACGCGUAUAUACGGCCUGGAAAUGCAUCACUGCCCUUAAUAAAAUAAUGGAUGAUAUCACUGCAAUAGUGGUUUGACCUAUGUAGAUGCUGAAGCAGCCGGCAGGAACGGCGGACUGAUGGGUAGGGGGGAACCUCACGUAGAAUAGUGGUUUGAGUUGCGUAGAUGCUCAAGCAGCCGGCAGGAACGGCGGACUGAUGGGGGUAGGGGGACGGAGAAAUGGAGGGGACACGGGUGGUCCCCUCCCCUAGAUCUACGUCCUAUUAUAUAGACCUGUAUCUAAAAAUGCGAAAAACGCCGGAGCGGGCUACUGAGUGUUGCAAGA